UUUUUUAAAUAUUAAAAAUAUUAAAACAAAAGAGUUUUUAAAUAUUCUAAUUGCAAAAACAUAAUAAAACUAUUGAAACAUCGUUUAAUUAAUUAUAAACUAAUAAAUACAAAAAAAUACAAAUUAAAAUAAAAUAUAUAAAAAGUAUCAAUAAUGGAGACAAAUACGAGAUAAAGAUGUGAAUCUGUUGAGGAUUAUACAUAAAAUGGAUAUAUUUUAAAUGGUUGCGAAGUAAUAGGUCAUGAAAAUCAGCAACUUUAGUUCAUUUUCCUAAGACAAAAAAAUGACAAAGAUAGCUUAUUUGGUUGUUCCUACUGUAUUGCUGAGAGACAAUAUAAGGGUUGUAAAGUCAUUUCACUUAUUUAGGCUUUGAAAGUUUAACAUAGAUAAUCUCUUUUCAGAUUCCCAGAGUUAAACCAAAAGAUUGAAUAGGAUGUAUUAAAAGCUAUCUAAACUACAAACUCAUUAGAGUUUGAUCAAGAAAUUGAAAGAAUCUUUGAUAGUCUCUCAGACAGAUUAAAAGAGGAAGUUAAAGCUAUUGAAGAAUAGGCUAAGUAGCUAAUACAAGAUAUCAGAGAAAAGGGAGACGAAAUGAAGGACUCAUUCACAACAAUAACAAAUUGCGAUAAGAUUAGAAAAUGCUUUGAGAGUGAUACUGAUUAUGAUAAUUUACUCACUAAUUUCAAUACAAUUAUUUAAAACAUUUAUUCUUAAUUACCAUAAAACAAUUAGGAAAUAAAAUAAAAGACAUAACAAUAUAUUGAUAAGCUGAAUACUUUUAAGAUGGAAUUUUCAGCCAAUUUAAGCAAGAAGAUUUUAGAAGCUAUCAAGAAAAUUUCUUUUGUAAGGUAAGAAAACAUCAAAAUGGAAUAAAGCUAAUCUUCUGCAAUAACUGUUCAGAAAGAAAUAUAUUUAAAAUAAGAAAAUUUAAGUCAAAAUUAUGGUGAAGAUAUAAUUCAAUUAUCAUAAUAGGAGUUAGGUGGUAAUCUUAAAAAGUUUUACUAACCCUUUAAAAUUAAUUAAAAAAGGGAUAAUUUGCAAACACUUGUUAUUGAUGAUACUAAGGCUAAAAAGAUGAUAAAUUAAGUAUAUAGUGACAUUCUAGAUAAUUAAAAGACUUAUAGAAUCUUUUUCAAAGUUAAUAACUACUCAAAAAACUCAGUUUUUAGUAUUGGUUUAGCAGAUAUCUCUAAAAAUACUGAGCCUUUAAUCUCAAAUACUAAAAUCGCCAAAGUUUUUAAUCCUAAAAGUUAAUAUGAAGGGUUGACAUUCGUCGAGUAUGGAGCUGAUAUUAGCGAUUGCUAUGGUGAAAACAAAGUUUUCGUUUUUAAAUUUAACAUAAGUAAAAAUUAUGCAAAGAUUUAAACUGAAGAUAAAUCAUCAUCAAAUACCUUUGAAAAUAACAUUAUUUUUGAUCAAUCAAUUUAAUAUUGCUUUUUUAUUGUGAACUCAACUCCUAGUAUUGAGUUUGAAAUUGUCAAAGUGGAGUCUAAGAAAAAUUGA